AUGCCUUCUUUGCCCUACACACUGGCGGGAGCCUCAUUGCUCCUCACAUUCAUUGUCACUAUUCUCAAUGGUAUCUGCUUUGCGACUUCCCAGGCCUCGGCCGACGUGGUCUCGAUCAUCCUCAGUGCAAUGGGCUGCCUGGCCCUCAUCACCCUCGGUCUCUUCCAUCACAAGAAUAUCCAGACAGGACGUCUCCCCUGUACGUACCUGUCUGGUGGAUAUCUACUCAUGGCUGCAGCUUCAUCAGCCGGGGCAAUGUCCAUGAGCCCCCAAGGUGCCGUCUUCGUGGUCCGAGCCGUCUUCUGGGCUCUAUCAGUCUUCGUCCAGGGCCUCUACUGUGGAUACAUCACAACGACUCUAUUCCAAGCCCAGUCGAACGCCGACUGGCCACGCUCAUACAGCCACGAGCUCAAAGACAUGCCCGAGAGCCCCAGGCUUCUUCCCACACCACCGCGAGUCUGCGAUCUCUCUGAACUAUUCGAGCCCAAGAGAACCUCGCUCCGUAAAUUCCCCCGGCGUUCAAGCCGUUACUCCGACGCAACACUCUGUCCAUACGAAAAGAGCGAAACCAAAAACGGCUCCAUUGACACAACAUCUACACGUUCAUCACCACCUCCUUCAACGGACCAAACACCCCCUGCCCGAGCUCUCCGGGGCAGCACCAGCAUCCGCAGCAUGUCCAGCGUUCGCCGCAAUGCUCCAACUCCACUCUCUCUCGACAGCGCCAUUCACCCAUUACCCUCCCCAUCAUCUACCCUUCUCGACUCCCCAACUACAAACCUAACUCCAACCAAUCCCAACUCAACCUGGGAAUACAAUCCUUUCCGCGAGAACAACAUUCAUCCCCUCUUCCGCUCCAACAGUCCCUGUCCCUCACCCACAUUGAACCCCGGGACAAUUGUUAAAGCCUCACCUUCAGCAGGCCAAACUAUCCCGGCUGGCACAAUCACCCGAAUGCGCUCCGCACGGUCGCUGCGGGAAAGUCGGACACCUUCACCUUUGGAAGAGAGAAGAAGUGUGCGAUAUGACUUGAACGAAUCCCCUUAUGAAAAGUGA